CAUUCAGGCUGCCUUUUCCACUAUGCCAGGCUACUCGGAGUUUUACUUCAAUGUGGAUCAUGGAUACCUAGAAGGGCUGGUGCGAGGCUUUAAAGGUGGGAUCUUGAAGAAUGCUGAUUACGUCAACUUAGCACAGUGUGAAACUCUGGAAGACCUGAAAUUACACCUGCAGACCACAGAUUAUGGACAUUUCUUGGCUAAUGAAACAGGUCCUCUCACAGUUUCCAUCAUUGAUGAUAAACUAAAAGCCAAACUACUGGCAGAAUUCACAUACUUCAGAAACCAUGCAUUUGAGCCACUUUCUACAUUCCUCAACUUUAUUACAUAUAGCUAUAUGAUUGACAAUGUGAUUCUGCUUAUUACUGGCACAUUGCAUCAGCACCCUGUAGAAGAACUGGCUCUCAAGUGCCAUCCAUUGGGACGUUUUGAGCAGCUGGAAGCUGUCAGCAUUGCUCUAAACCCCGCAGAGCUGUUCAACGCAAUAUUAGUAGACACACCUUUAGCUGCUUUUUUUCAAGACUGCUUGUCUGAAAAUGACCUAGACGAAAUAAACAUUGAAAUCAUGCGCAACAAACUGUACAAGUCUUACCUCGAGGCGUUCUAUACAUUCUGCAAAAAACUAGGUGGUACUACAGCAGAUAUAAUGUGCCCCCUUUUAGAGUUUGAAGCAGACAGACGUGCCUUCAUCAUCACAAUCAAUUCAUUUGGCACCGAACUAAGCAAAGAAGACAGGCAGAAGCUGUAUCCAACAUGUGGGAAGCUGUAUCCGGAAGGCCUACUUCUGCUUGCCAAUGCAGAGGAUUACGAGCAAGUCAAGGGCGUGGCGGAAUACUAUGGUGAAUACAGAGCUUGCUUUGAAGGGAUUGGAGGUGGAACUGGAGAAAAAACAUUAGAAGAUGCUUUUUUUGAACAAGAGGUCAGAAUGAAUGUACUGGCAUUCAACAACCAGUUCCAUUUUGGAGUCUUUUAUGCCUAUGUGAAGCUGAAAGAGCAAGAAUGCAGAAAUAUUGUCUGGAUUGCUGAAUGCAUCUCCCAGAGGCACAGAACAAAAAUUAACAACUACAUACCUAUUUUCUGAACUAGAUACUCAUCAUGCGUAUUUACAAUAGCACCUCCCUAUUCAAUUGGCUUCUUUACCAAAUUUGGCAUGCAAAAAGAGGUGUUAAUUUGACCACCCAGGAAGGAUAAUUUUACAGUAGUCCAUAUGACUGGUAGUUUAUGUGAAAUAGUUCAUGCAGGGCCAAAACAGAUAUGAUAACAAUCACAGAUCUUCAUUACUGCCCAACUUUGAUUUGCAUCUGGAUUAUCACAUAGGAAGUGAGGAGGAAAUUUUCUUUGAAAGUGUUCAAAACAUCAUUGGUCACUUAUCUUCUGAAGAUGACUUGAGAUCUGGGAAUCUCUGGAAAUCUCACUUGUACAUACUCUCAGCAAAUCAAGCUAUACUGCUAACAUGUAAGGUUUUAUAAUAGCUGCCUGGAAAUCCUGAUGUGCCCCCUAUAAUAUCAUCUGCAUAUCAUGUAGUAGCAUCUGCCUUAUGGCGCAGUUCAAGCAGCCAGUUUAGCAGGCAUAGUCUAUAAACCUGCAUCAAUUGUCACCUUUAUACACAGCCUGAUGUACUUAUAGAUCAAAAGCAAAAUCUGAUCAUAAAGACAGAGAGAGAAGUAACAUUAGAUAGAACAGUUCCAUUUGUAGCUAACUUUCAUAUUUGUAAGGAUCUUCCUUUUCCGUCUGUUCUCACUGAACAAAGAACCAUGCUGUAUCUCCCAUUAUGGAAGGAAAAAGGUGACUGGAUCCAGUAUGCUCCACAUACAUAAGCAAUCAGGUGUGUGAGAACUGCAUACUGCAAAUCCUGAAUUGGAUCCAGAUGGCAUCCAAAGUGGCUGGGGUAACACUGGCUACUGCACUGCCCCACCACCUCCAGAAGGCUUUCCAGUACCGUGGAAAGGCAGGGAAAACUAAAAAAAACCUGCUACCACCAGAAAGCCUUCCAUAGGGCUAAAUGGAGUCUGAGGGCUUGCGGUCUGCGCUCCUGACCCUAAACCCUAGGUGGAAGCCAACUAGCAUUGCCCCCACCAGCGGGAAUGCCCUGGCCUGCACCCUCCCUGCUAAUUGGAUGCCAGUGCUGCUCUGUGGUGGCUCUGACUUUGGGUGUUGCUGCUAUGUGGUUGAGGGGCAGCCAGCCAUCAGCACUUUUGCUUCCUGUGCCAGUGGGGCUGCCCUUUAUUCAGUGGAGGGAGAAAACACACCAGUUCCAGGUCAAAACUCUUUCAGCCCUCCAAGAUGGAGCCAUUACUUUUAGCAGAAUUGAAUUUUUUUCCCAAGGCUUCUCUCAUUGGCGCGCUUCUGUAGUCCCAAUCGAUCCCUCGUGGAAAUGCUAUUCCUCCUGAAAGCGGAUGCUGGGAUGUAGUGAUCUACCAUCUGCACUCUGAUGCCGGAAGGGGAAAUUGGCCAAAAUCACCAAUUUAAUCUGGACUCAGCCCAUUUUGUGCAAUAUGAGGAGGGUCUUUUAUUCCUCAAAAUUCUUUUGCAGUACAGUACAUAGCAACAGAUCCAAAAACUGAUUGGUGUACAGAAAAUGAUUUCUGUGUACUGCUGAACCAGGUCAAAUACACAUGCAUUACUCACACUAGGCAGGAUUUUAGAAAAUCAUUCUCAGAAAAUCAUUCUCUUUCAACAUUUCUCUACAUACCUCAGAACAAUAACUCCUGUCCAUAAAUACAAUCAAAUGAUUUCCUUUAUGACAAGUUUUGCAAGGAGACAAAUGAUUACUAGCAAGUGGAGGGAAGGAAUGUGUGUACUUAGAAAGGGGAGGCACAGAAAAAGAAAAAAAAGGAAUGUUCUUACAACAUUAGCAUUUUAUUAAAGAGUAAUCUUUCACAUCAUUUGCAAGGUUAGACUUCAGUGACAGAACUGCUAGAAUGCCUUCCUUAAGGAGCAUAAAGGCCAACAGAGAAUUAAAAGAGAUCAAGGAGCUUCACUACCUAACAAUUACCGGUACCUUUAUUUAAAAAUAUGUUUCAAUAAUAGGAGACUGAACUCAGAACUAUUUUGGUGGCAGAUAUAAUCAUUUUCCAUAAUGCUUCUGCAAAAGUAUUUACAGUCAUUCGCUUACAGUUCUCAAAUAAAGAAACUGUCAAGACUGCUAAA